UUGUGGAUAACAUUAAUUUUACUCUUUUUUCCAGAGUGGUGGACAGUGCAGACCUAACUCAGAUUUUCUCAGGUUCUCCAGAACAUGUGCAAGGAUUGACAGAGACUGACAUUCUGUGGUGUGAGACACAGCACAGGGGCUGGGGCAGAGCCCUGGCUGUGAGGAUGAAAAUUCUGGGGGAACUGGUGGAAUUAGUAGCCAAACAGACAGAAGGAGCUGAUCCAUCCUGGAGCAGCUGUACAAGUAACACAGAUGGCCCUGUUUCAUCACUGAGGGGGUUUAAAGUCUGGCUGAAAAUGCUGCAGCACAAUUUUGCUCUUCACCUGUCACUUGAUUGAAAAAUCACUUCUAUUCCUGUCCCAGCAAAGUGCACAGGGAAAGUGCUUUUAACUUCUUUCACACUCCUCCUGGAAGGGUUGUCACUUGUAGAGCUGGAAAGGGGCUCUUGGUUCUAAUUUUAGUAUCACUUAGCCACAAGAAUUUAAACUCUGAGAUACCAAAGCAGUAACAAAAUUUAAACUCUGAGAUACCAAAAUGUAAGGUUGGAGGGGUUAAAUUUUCUGAUUAAAUCUUUUCAAAUGCUCUUCAGCAUAUUUUGUGUGAAAAUAUUCCCUCAGUUUUCCAGCCUGGCUCAGAUCUUCACAGCUUGUCUGCGAGACUCAGAUCCUGCAGAUCCCAGGAGAGCUUUGUGCAGAAAAGAUUUGGGAUGUCCACUGAGGUGACCCCACAGAAUCACUGCAGGCUCUGAAGGAAAGGAGGUAAGGCUGCAGCAGAACGUGUGAUCUGCCAAGAGGAGCCCCCCAUUGUGUCCUAGCACAAAGCAAAUUUCAUUAAUAUUCUCUGGAUGAAAAAUAAUUCUUGUAAUACUUUAAUUUUGGGCUGAAAAGCUGCAGGAAGUCACUGCUUUUGUAACUUUAAUGCUUUUUUAGCUUUAAUGUCAAGUACAUGUAACUUGACAGCUUUGGAAAGUUAGUGUUUAAAAGGCCUAUUUGUGUCUUCUUGAAGAGUAAGUCUCAUGAUCAGAUUAUUUUCAUCUUUAAUUGAUUAAACAAUACUUGUUAAAUUAAUACACCUCACAGAAAGCAUCAUCACCUAGCACAUCAAAACAUUUACCUUUGUUCAGAAUUUUACCAACAGUGUCUGGUUUUAACUCAUUAGGCUACAUGUGAAAUUUGUCCUCUUACUUCCAAAUUAGUAGCAACCACUUUUACAACUUGUUUUGUGACACUACAUAAGACCAACCAUUCAUCAUUUAUUUAUUUAUUCCUGUAAUGAAAUUUAUUCCAGCAUUUAAGAAUUAUUUGCAGUUUAAGUCAGCAGAAGGUCACAGUUUUGCUCUUCAUUCUUAUGUUCUUCCUGUGCAUCCUGAGACUCCUGGAUGUGGAUUUCAGACGUUAGACUGUAAGAUCCGAAAUCCAGUCUCCAGAUCACAAGCAGUGUAUUGGAUGUGGCUAGACAUGGGAUUUAUGGUCUCUAUUCCUCCAGCUUGGCCUUCAGGAACACUGAUAAUGAACAUUACAUUCUCUUGUGUCUUUCGAAGCCGAUUGUGUGAUCAACAGGCAGGAAAAAUGGGCACAGCUGCUGGAGACAGUUCCAAAGGGAGGAAUUUUACAGGAUCACCACAGGCCAGUAAUAGAAAUUUUGUGAGUCUUGUUGCAGCAUCCAGCUGCUGGACUGAGCUGCAGUCCUUUGGUGUGGUCUUCUCAUUCCCCAAAGCCCCAGGUGUCCCCUGGUCCAGCUGGCACGUUUAGAGGCCACUCCUCCUCCUCCUCCUCCUCCUCCUCCUCCUCCUCUUGUGGGUAUUUAACCCAGCAUGGGAUGCUCGAGCCUGGACAUUCCCUCUCCUACUGUACCAGACAUCCUGAGCUGCUCCUGCACGGACGGACGGACAGACAGACGAACAGGCGGGCCAAAGGAGUCACUCAGGAAGGUUCCUUUAGAACAGCAAGAAUUUCUGCUCCAAUGGAUAAAGGUCUUCACUUCACAAUCUGUGUGGUUACAACGGUGCUGCUCCUGAGGGAAUCAAGCCAGGCAGGAGCUGGGAGGAAUGACGAUGCUGUGAGUAAGGGCACAGAGUCCCGGGGAGCAGGCGAGGGUCUUCCAACCCUCACUGUCACAACGAUCCUGGAGGAUCCAUAUGUGAUGGUGCGGGGUGCAGAGCUGGAGGGAUACUGCAUGGACCUGCUGGGAGCCCUGGCAGGGAUGUUGCGCUUCCAGUACCGCGUCAAGGUGGUGGGGGAUGGCCAGUAUGGAGCCGUGGCUGCCGGCGGCAACUGGACUGGCAUGAUCGGGGAAAUCCUCAGAAGGGAAGCUGACAUUGCAGUGGCUCCACUGACUGUUACCUCAGCCAGGGAAGAAGUGGUGUCCUUCACCACGCCCUUCCUGCAGACUGGGAUUGGGAUCUUGCUCCGCAAGGACACGGCCUCCCAGGACAUGUCUUUCUUCCACUUCCUGUCUCCUUUCAGCAAGGAGACCUGGACAGCCCUUUUAUUUGCUUACCUGCUCACAUGCUUCUGCCUCUUUCUUGUCGCCAGACUGAGCCCCUGUGAAUGGAAUGAGCCAAAGAAUGAAGAGAACCACUUCACCUUUCUGAACAGCCUCUGGUUUGGAGCAGGAGCACUGGCCCUGCAAGGUGCCAGCCCCCGGCCCCAGGCACUCUCAGUGAGGGUCAUUGCCGUGGUCUGGUGGCUCUUCACCCUGGCCCUGCUGGCUGCCUACAUCGCCAACUUCACGGCCCUGCUGAGCUCUGGCAGUGAGCAGCUCCCCAUCCAGACCUUUGAGGACCUGGUCAAGCAAAGGAAUCUGGAGUUUGGGACGCUGGAGGGCUCCUCGACUUUCUACUACUUCAAGAACUCCAAGAACCCCAUCCACCAGAUGAUCUAUGAGUACAUGGAGAAGAGGCGGGAGCAUGUCCUGGUCAAGACCUACCAGGAGGCUGUGCAGCGCGUGAUGGAUUCCAACUAUGCCUUCAUUGGCGAGUCCAUCUCGCAGGACCUGGCGGCUGCCCGGCACUGUAAUCUCAUCAGGGCCCCUGAGGUCAUCGGGGCCCGUGGCUUCGGCAUUGCCACCACCCAGGCAUCUCCCUGGACCAAGCCUCUGUCCAUUGCUGUGCUCAAGCUGCGUGAAUCGGGCGACCUAGACUACCUGCGGAACAAGUGGUGGGAGAGCAGCUGCCUGCGCCAGAGCCGAGACCGCUGGGGGCCCCUGGAGCCACCAGCGCUGGGGGGGCUCUUCCUCACCCUGGGCAUUGGCCUCGCCCUAGGUAUCCUCACUGCCCUGGCUGAGCUCUCCAGCAGCAGCCGCCGCACAGCCGCACACACCAAGAAAUCUUGUUGCUCUGUGUUCACAGAAGAAAUCUGCACUCGUCUACGCAUAAAAGGAACCUCCAGACAAAGCCAGGAGACAUCAGGGAAGGCAAACACUUAAGGAUGUUUUGCUGCAGGAAUGGGCCUGUGUUAGGGUUGUACCACAUCCUAGGAGCUGUAUCUCAGUGUAGGAAGGUGUUUUUCUGCUAGCCUAGAGUGUUAGUUUGCUAAUUACAUACACACAGAGCACUUCUUGAGUGGUGGUGGAGCUGCAGACACAAGAAAAUUAAGUGGCUUGGAAGAAUUUAGAUUGAUGAGGGGUAAAGUGGAACUGUGACAAAUUGAUAAACUGGGGCUGAGCUGGCCAGGAUGGUAGAUCCAUGUUUAGGUUUGAAGUUCACCCUGUAAGUCCAUGAAAGCCUGUAGGAGGAAGUGACUGGGGACAGGUUAAUGUAAAGCAUCUGCUACUAAUUCCUGUGUGAGGAACAGUCAUGAUGCAUGAGCAUAAAGGUCUCAUCUGUCUGUUGUAAUCAGGAACAGCAGCUUAAGCACUACGCUAUAAAUAGCCUCGUCCAGCCCUGCCUGAGCUGGUGCUGGUCCCUGGGAAGGCAAUUCCUGAAUCAGAACUUACAGUGCUGCUGUGUAACCCCAAACAGGCCUUCCCUGCACCCCAAACCCCAGAAAGGGAGCCCCUGCCACCAAGGAACCACUGGAGCUAAGAAAUGACAGGCAGGGGUUAUCCUUUGUCCCUUUCCAUCACAGGAUAAGGGCCACUGUUGGGUGACACAAUGUUUUGUUCUUGUUGUCCAAGAAUUGAGGAGUGACAGUGGAAAUCCAUGAGUACCAGAGCAGGGAAGGAGUGUGGGGAUGAGUCAAACACAGCACAGCCCAAGCUCCCCUGCAAGGAGACAUGUAGGGUGUUUUACAUCACUCUCCUGCUCUCAAAGAAUUCUGAAGUUCAGCGGAACAGGUUGCGCAGCUGCAUGUUAAACACUUUCCUCAUUAAACUGUUUUUCAGCACUGGGAUGACUGAGGCAUGUAAGUGUUAGGGCAAAUUGGUGGUGAAAUCACUCAAUUUAUGAACUGCACAGCUGAAGGAGGAAAAAAGCAAAUUGGGUUCCUUGGGAAUGGCUGUAAUCGCACUGCAGGAACAGACACUGAUCCUUGUCAGUCCCAGCAGGAGAACUGAAGGCAGUAGAAAGCAAGGGGACUGGGAAGUUACAGGUGAUCCUGACUCCAUCACUGCAUAUUCUCUGUGAGGGGAACUUGGUAAGACUCAGCUUCCAGCUGCUGUGAAGGAAUUCAGUGUAGCUGCAGGACUCCCUCCCGUGUCCCUCCUGCUAAUAGGAAUAAACAAGUGUUGGGAAACUAGGGCUGAUCCUUAACUCAGAUCAACAGCCCUUACUCAGUCACAGCCUGAGCAACGUUUGUGGGGUGAGAAAGUAGAUCAACCCUUUGAUCAGCUGAGCUGCACAGAGCAGGAGAGAUUUAGCCGUCUAACAGCUGAAAAUGCAACGUCAGGUUCACAUAGCAGUUAGAAACUAUUUGGUAAGUGCUGUCACUGCUGGCAGAGUAGGCAGAGAUGUAUAAAAAAGGUUUCAUUGACAUUUAAAUAUAUUUCUAUAUGAAUGUCUCACAGAACAAAAAAAUAAAGUCUUUUCAUCACAAAUACUGCAGCAUUAAAAUAAACACUUACCAAAAUAAACAAUGAGUGAUAUACAUAUAUAUAUUUGAGUGUGUAGACUAUAGAGUGAAUCAUAUUGUUGCUUUUUAAGUCACAAAAGCACAAUAUAAAUACGGAAUUUCCUGUGAACUCUUGUCCCUGUUGUAAUAAAAAUACAUUCUUUACAGUUGAAGUAAAACUAGUGCAAGUCCA